AUGAGCAGCAGUAUAACCAAUAAUGAAGGAAUAUUAAUAGAAAGCACACCAGAUGAUUAUAUUAGUGACUUGGUGAUCAGCGAAUUACCGAACAUCGGUCCAUGCCUAUUGGUAACAGCUUGGGAUGGUACACUAUCCAUAUACAAAACAAAUUCAGAAAUCACCAACAAGGAUAAGUUACCGUCUUUGUAUAAAAGAGGAAAAAAUGAAACACCUCUAAUAUGUUGUUGUGUUCUCAAUUUGGAUAUCUAUGUUGGCACAGUACAAGGACAAUUACUUAGAUAUGAUAUCGGGACAAAUAUGUUUAAACCAGUCUUAGUGACAGGUGAAGAUGUUUCUACAUUGGCAUUAUGUAAAAUAUUUGUUUAUGGAAAUCAUCAUUUAAAUAAUUCGUUAAUAUGCAUAUCUUGGGAUGGGUCGAUCUCGGUAGUAGAUGUCGGUCUAGGAAAAAUAGACAUGAGGAUACAAUUGAAAGAAGAUCGUAAAAUCUUAUCAGCAGAUUGUAAUUCAAAUAAAUUAAUAUUGGUUGAAACAGGGCAUAAACUUCGAUUGUUUGAAUUACCAUUACGAGAACAGGACGAGGGUAUUUCAAUGGUGUCAGCUUUAAAAUAUCAAAUAAGAGAUAUUAAACUAUUACCUACGUCUAGUGGUUAUGUUAUAAGUAGCAUAGAUGGUAGAGUAGCUGUGGAAUAUCUAAAUGAACCUGAAAGGCAGUUUGCAUUCAGAUGUCACAGAUUAAAUUUAAAAGAUACCCAGUUUGUCUUUCCAGUUAACACGUUGGCAUUUUGUCCUGGAACCUCGAAAAUGUUGACUGGUGGGUCAGACGGAGCAGUGUCGUUCUGGAAUUUGGAUACUAGAAGGAAGUUGAAACAAUUUCCUAAAUUUAAUUCAAAUAGUGUAGUUAAACUCGUCUGUGAUAAAGACAUGUUCUACGUUGCGACUUCGGAUGAUUCAUUUAAAACCAACGCAACAAUCGAUAGUAAUAUAGAAUUACAGCCAAGCAACAUAUAUAUUGUUUCUAUAUAA